CGGAUCUGUGGUCCUUCUCUGGAAGCAAACUGAGGACAGAGUAACYGAAUCAGUCACGUGGUACGCGCGGCUUCAAACGUCAUAUCCUGCUCCAAGCAACACAAACCUCKACACACGCUUAUCAACAAACUGUUAGCUUGUGUUGAAGAAACAUUCRCAGAMUUGAAAGAAAUCAAUGUCUAGAUGGAGGAAAAGAUGGAGGAUCAUCGCAGACYGCUGGAUUUUACCMGGAUACCGAAGAUCAUCUUACACCGGAUAGAUCUCCGACGUUGUUGCAUUUGUAAAGAGGAGGACGGGAUUCUCAAUGAGCUCAGCCACCAGGAGGGGAACUCCACUUUAAAACAAGAGGAACCAGAACCUCUGCACAUAAAACAGGAACCAGAGGCUCUACAGAUAAAACGUGAGCAAGAAGAACCAGAACAUCAACAGUUCAAAGAGGAAGAGAAGCAAUUCUGCAUCAGUCAGGAUGAAGAGCAGCUUGUGGUGAAACAGGAGACUGAUGGCAUUUUGGUGAAUCCUCCUAAAGUGCAAAUAAUCCACAAUGAAAUAGAACCACAGAGGAACCAACUCAUCUCUCAUGACUCUGCUGAGGAUGAGAACCAGGAUCAGGAGAGAAGCAAAUCUGAAGACCCAAGAAACGGAGAUGAGAAGCAGAAACAAAAUGAAAUAUGUCAGAAAACCAAACAACAAGAAGGUAAAACUGAGAGUUCAAAACAAAAAACGCACAAGAAAGCUCAUCCAGAGCAAAAAUUAUAUUCUUGUAAAAUUUGUGAUGAAUCCUUUAAUCAGGCAAGUUUAUUGACAACACACAUGAGAACUCACAUGGGCAAACAGCCCUUCACAUGUUCAACUUGUGGAAAAAGUUAUGACUACAAAGCUGGAUUAAUUUAUCAUAUGAAAGUUCACUCGGGUGAGAAACCUUUCUCUUGUGUGACCUGUGGAAAAGGUUUCAGAAACAAAUCUUAUUUAGUUGUUCACAUGAGGAUUCACACAGGUGAGAGACCUUUCUCAUGUGUGACCUGUGGAAAAGGUUUCAUAACCAAAUCUAAUUUAGUUGAUCACAUGAGGAUUCACAUAGUUGAGAAGCCUUUCUUAUGCGGGACCUGCGGCAAAGGUUUCCGCAGUCAAAUCAGUUUAACUCAUCACAUGAGGACUCAUACAGGUGAGAUGCCUUUUUCAUGUGGGAUCUGUGGAAAAAGUUUCAGAAACAGAGGUAGUUUAUCUUGGCACAUGACGAUGCAUACUAAUGAGGAGCGUUACUCUUGUGAGACAUGUGGUAAAAGGUUUAGGCAUAAAUACACUUUAACUCGCCACAUGUAUAUCCACACAGGAGAGAGACCUUUCUCAUGUGGGACCUGUGGAAAAAGCUACACAAUCAAAACUGAUUUAAUUGGCCAUAUAAAGACACAUACUAGUGAGAAGCUUUUCUCUUGUGGGACCUGUGGAAAAAGGUUCAGCCAAAAAAAGUAUUUAACUUCUCACAUGAUGACUCACACAAGAGAGAAACUAUUUUCUUGUGGGACUUGUGGAAAAAGUUUCCGUCAAAAUGGCAAUUUAACUGUUCACAUGAGGAGUCACGCAGGCAAGAAGCUUUUCUUAUGUGGGACUUGUCAAAAAGGUUUCAGUUAUAAGAGCAAUUUAACUCGUCACAUGAGGACUCAUACAGGAUGAGCAGCAUAAUCUGACCCUCAAGUAUCAAAACACAAUAACUCCCAGUUUGGAAUCAGAGUAAUUACAGCUGAGUAACAUUUCUAUUAUGUAGCAGUUUAGAGAAGAAAAACAUUUAAAACAGGACAUUUAUCUAAAACACUAAACUUUCACUUUAUUUUGUCAGUUUUAUGUUUUCAUUUAAAAUGGUUUUUGAGAUAUUAAGUCUUACGAAGAUAAGCAUGCAUUUUAAAUGUUUUUUUUUUUGUUUAGUGAGAUAUUAUAGUCUGUUUAUCUCUUGAAGUAACGAUGGAUUUGGAUUCUUUCAGAUUUAGACUUGUAAAACUGUCAUUGUAUGUCUAUUCUUUGUACUCAUUGUUUGUUUUAUUGUAUUAAUUUUGGUCAGAGAAUGCAUAGUAACUGUUACUGUAUGCACUGUUGGUGUAAGUAUAUUCAGAUUCAGGUUUUUAUUCUGGAGUUGAAUCUAAAUAUACUUUUUCAUUUCUUUCUCUUGAGUUUCUGAUUCAGGGACAAAAAAUUGUUGAUUGUAUGAUGGAAACAUUUCAGAUGUUGCUGAAUUUUGCUAAGUUAUGAUGAAACCCGAGAUGUUUUCCUUUCUUUGUUAAAACGUCUGCAUUGAUUUUAUUCUUGUUAAGUUGACUCUGAACUGAAAAGUCAUUUUUACCCAUGUUAGGUUUUUUCUUUCUUUUUAUCUGUAACGCAGUAUUUGUUCGAGAAAGUUUGUAUUUUUCUGUGUUGAUGUAGAAUCAAUUUCAGAUAGAAAUGUGACUAGGAAAAACUGUUUCUAUAUCAUUCUUAUAUAUAAAAAAGUUUUUUUAACCAUAAUUAAUGGUCUUAGUCUUUUUUUGGUUCAGUAGUGGAUUUUGACCCAUGUAUAAGUUUCUGCUUCUUGAGCCUUUUCUUUCAUCAUUUCUGCCAAACAUCUGUCUUUUUAAACCAGUAUUUUUCUUAACUUUUCACUCACAGUUGCUUAUUUCUAGGGAAUCGUUCAUAAAUCUAGGUCCUAUCUUAAGAACUGACCACUUUUAUGGAGGCCCAAAUAUCAAGUUGCAAAAAGUAAUGGAGUCAAAACAUGGCAGCGCUACAAAACUGCAACCAGAGAGCAGGGGCUUCUAGAAAGACGAGAGCAGGAGAGGACCACCUGCCUACACCUGCAGUUCUGACACUAUUAAGUUAUUUCCAACGCCCUGACUAACAUUAGCGCAUAUUC